AUGAGAAUCGAAGCUGAAGGAGAUUUCGAAUUAAUAGCUUCUGCUUUAACAGGCCAGAAGAUAUCGAUUAAUUCGGAGAAUGCCCAUUUUAUUUUCCUCAUGGCCGCCGAUUUAGGCAUAGAAUUCCUUAUGAAAGCGACAAAUGAAUUUAUUUACUCGACACUUACACCGCAGAAAGCCAUCGAGCUUAUAGAAUGUCUUUUACAAGUUUCCCAAUACGAUGGCCCUCAAAUCCAAUACAUGGCUGUUAAUUUCGAGUCAAUGAAAUCAAUUCGUGAAUUCAAAGCACUUCCGACACACAUUCUCGCUUCCAUUCUUCACCACCCACAAUUAAACAUCACGAGUAUCGAAAACUACUGCCAAUGGCUCAUUGGAUUCUGCAGCCAAGAUCCAGAAAAGCGAUCCGGCCUUUUACAGUUCAUUAAGUUCGACAAUCAAUCUCGCUUUUACAUUAAGAACCUUCUUGAAGGCUCAGACGUCAACGUCAACCUUAUUCGUACUCCAUUAUUAAAUAUGUUACGAAAUGGUCUUACACAGCGUCAAGCCAACGAUGUAGAAGUUGUUGAUUGCAAGCAGAAACCCAACAAACCAGAUUACGGUGUCUUUGCCAUGAUGUGUGAAAGAUGUAGUGGAAAUCCACAAGAUUUCAACAUGGUUAAGGUCACAUGCAACUCCACACUCCAGAACAUCAUCGAUCCAUCAUGGACAAGCUGGUGGUCCACACCAAAUGAGCAAGGAUCUUGGGUUGAGUUCGAUUUCCAACAGUACAGGCUCAGACCGAACAAAUACACCCUCAAAACAAUAUUUGCCGAUGUCAAAUUGCCAUACAUGCGAUCCUGGAGAAUUGAUGGCUCAGAUGAUGAAGUACAUUGGGAGUUAUUGAACGAACAACGCAAUUCCAACACCGGAACCGAGUCAAAGACGUAUCAUACCUGGGAUAUCAUCACCGAUAAACAGUUUAGAUACAUAAGAUUGACUCAAAUUGACAAAAACGGUAGCGAUAACUAUUGUUUGUUCAUCCACGAUAUCGAAUUCUUCGGAACAUUGUCCAUGGAAGGUACCAAAGUCGAAUUAAACAAAGAAGAAGGUAAGGAUUGGAAAGGUGUCUUUGAUUAUUUGAGCCAAAAGUGCAACAGAGCUAAUCCUGUUGAGAAGGGAAUUAUUGCAAUCAAGAGUAGCUGCGAUCCCAAGUUCUUGCUCGAGAAAUCUUGGAACGGAUGCUGGAGAUCACCAAAAGUACCAAAUUCAUGGGUCCAAAUCGAGCUAAUCAAUACAGAACUGAUUUUAACAAGCUAUUCUCUAAGAACACAUUACGGUCCGGCACAUAUUCGCUCUUGGGAAGUAGAAGUUUCAAAAGACGGUGAAGAAUGGUACUUGGUCGACCAAAGAAUCAACAGAGAUGAAUACAAAGAACCAUACGCAAACCUCCACUGGAUUUGCACAGAACCACAAACUGAUCCAAUGAAAUUCAUUAGAUUUAAGAUGACAGGACCAUCAACAAGAAACGAAUGGAUCUUCUGGCUUUCAAACAUCGAGUUGUUUGGAGAUAUAUUUAGACAUAAAUAA